UCGCGAUAGUGCGGGUGUAAAUACUCGUUCGUGACCUAACUUGACAGAUGAAAUUAUCGAUCUCUUUCGAAUCUUGUACCGUUAUAAUUCCUUCUCUUUGUAAAGUCUUUGAUUCUUUGCAAUUUUAGAAAAUUUCUAGCCGACUCAAUAGUUUUUAAGAGAAUAUGUACGGAUGCAGCGCACAAAAUUAGCGAAGAAAAUAUGAGGGUGGAAUGAUGUUUAAAGGCUCAGUUCCGGUAACCAGGUUGCCAACUGAACAGCGUUAGUUGAAGUUUCUUUCAGCCAGGUUUUAUGAUCGAUAUUUAGCACUUGGAUAAAAGAUUUCUUCUUUUUAAAGACACUCUAUCUGAAAUAUGGGUUGCCUAAGCUGUUCGAGACUUAUGAAUCUGCCUGCUGGAAAAAAUGAGGCGUAUAAACCCACUGUGAUAGAACAAACAGCGAAUAUCAUCACGCACGGAGUGUGUGUAUUGCCAGCUGUUUAUGCAGCAUUGCGCUUGCACCAAAAUUCUAGACUGCUAUCAGCAAGCCACCGUUUCAUCGCUGAAGUGUAUGGAACGGCUUUUAUCCUUGUCUUCCUUAUAUCAACUUUAUUUCAUGUUGUCAGCCUGACUGGAAAGGCCUGUUCCCUAAGAUUCUUCCUGCAUUUGAGUGACCGUGGCAUUAUUUAUUUCUUCAUUGCAGCUUCAUACAUGCCAUGGCUAGUGUUAAGAGAUGUUGGUCAGUAUGGAGAUCUAAUAUCCUGGCUUUUAUGGUGUCUUGCUGUGACUGGCACUGUUUACACUUACAUGUUCCAUGAAAGAUACAAGACAGUGGAAACAGUUCUGUACCUGAUCAUUGGAAUAUGCCCAUCUCUUCCACUAGCUUUUGCCUCAACGGAUACAGCUGGUCUGGCCGAGGUAGGAUUGGGAGGAGCCUUUUACGUCAGUGGCGUGGUGUUUUUCAAGUGCGAUGGACGAAUACCCUUUGCGCAUGCGAUCUGGCAUUGUUUUUGUGCUACCGGGGCAUGGUGUCAUUUUUAUGCUGUCUACACACACCUGUACUUGGAAAAACACUAGAUACGUCUAUCCGCUCUUAGAUCGAUUUAAGGUCGGUCUUGAUCGUGCAAUCUCGUUUUCAGGGUCCCCGGAUGGUCUCGAUACGUAAAAAUUUAAAAUCAUCAACGAACGUGGUUAACAAAACAACAACAACAGCAACAACAAGUUUAUUUGUUAAGGCAGGUUACUAAAAUAGGCAAGACCAUAAGUCCUGAUGUGGACCUGCACACUAAAUUAACAUUAUAAUCACAAUUGCACAGUUUAAAAUUUAAAAAUAUAAAAAUACAAGGAUGCAAGGUGUGUAAAUAUUAAAGCUAUUACUAUAAACCUAUCUGAAAAUACAAAUAUAAAGUUGUUAUCACGAAAGCUAUGAUGUAUGCUUAAAAAUAGAAAAAAUCAUCAUCUUUAUUAUUAAUCAAAGAUGACUCUUUGGUAUAUGUUAUUUUCAUCAAAAUGUCCUUAUUUUUAUUCAAUUCUUUCAGAAAACUAGCUUCCUUAAUGCGAUCUGGAAGAGAAUUCCAAGCUAUAGCUGCCCUAUGCUUAAAAGAUAGUCUUCCCAUUUCCGUUUUUGGUUUAGUGAUAUUUAUAUUCAAAAUCUUUCUUAGAUUGUAUCUGUGUUCCUGCUUCGAAACUAAGUUAUUAAGUUAGUCAUUAGAGAGACCAUAAUAUGAUUUAUAAGUUACGGAUAGUACUCUUUUCGUGUAAAAAUAUGAAAUAGGGGACCAUCCCCUCAGCUUACGCGUGUCGUCCAUAUUGAUGUCCCUGGGGAGAUUAUGGAUUAACCUUGCAGAUCGCAUAUGGACACGCUCCAUUUUUUCCAUCAAGAUCAGUGAGCAUGAGCUCCAUACAGGGCUCAUGAGUUAUCAGUGAGUUAUCAGUGGCAAAGAAAGAGUUAUCAGUGGCAAAGAGAGAGUUAUCAGUGGCAAAGAGAGAGUUAUUAGUGGCAAAGAGAGAGUCAUCAGUGGCAAAGAGACAUUCUACUAGACACCGACAAAUUCUGUCAUUAUUUUUCGGUGUCGUGCUCGGCUCUUGGCCAAUGAAGCGAAUUAAAAAAUGGAUCAAAUUAUGAUGUCAAAUACUUAACGCUGGUUUCGUUGCUCGCGUUUUUGCCAGACAUGCUUUAUUGAUUCGUAAAUUACUAGCUAAUUUAACUAUAAGCGCAUUGUGGACAACAUAUUUUGGACUGAAUUUCUUAGAAUGUUCGCGAAGAAUAGAAGUAUUUCUUAUUUUUGGGUGGAGCGGUAAGGAAAAGAGACGACGGUGUAGUUCUCAUAAAACACCGACAAAGUUGUCUAGCUAUUUAUGCUGAGAAAUUAAGCACAGUAACAACAAAUCUUGCGAAAGAAACAAAAUUUUAAAGUGUGCAAAAAAAAGUUUUGUGACUUUUCAUGUCAUCGUUGUCCAAUCUGUGAAUUUGGUCAUUGUACAAUUUAUAAUAUCUAUGGAAUUACGACCAAAGAUUAUUUAUGGAAACAGAUUCGGAAACAUGGAAAAGCACUAGUUGGAUUAUAAAGUAAAGCAGGAAAAAAACAAAACUGCUCAAGAAAAAUGACUGUGAAACAAAUAUGUAAUACAACAAACUAGAAUUGAAGAAUAAAACUUAAAAAAUCAA